AUGGUUGCUUGGUACGAAAGUGCCGCCGAGUCAGCAACCGCAGUCAAUCGGCUCACUCGCAUCCUUGAGAUUGCGCAAGACAUCAAGGCUCUUGAGGCGCUUUUGAACGCCCGCAAUUUCAAUUUUGUCAUGGAGCUGGCUGUGCUCGCGUUUCAGCGCGAGUUCCUGAACCUCGAGAAGUGGUUGCAACCGCGCCUUGAAGAGCAUCCCGAAGCCUUCGCCACUGCCUGCUUACAUUUCCUUGAUCGUCGUCUGACACGCGGCCCGGAAGCUACUUCGGGUACACCGUCCAAGGCUCUCGUCAUCAUUGCAGAGCAGUGCGGCCAUCUGCAAUCCAACCGCAACAUCUCGCCCCAGUUGAAGAACGCGCUACUGAACGUGGCUGAGCGAUUUGCUCAGCCUCGAGGUAAUCGCAUGGUUGCUCUGCCUUUCAAUGUUGGCUCGGGCCCGGGUGCCACUGCGCUACGCCCGCCCCCCCUUGUAUCCGGUGCCCCACUCUCAGACGGUGUUCAUGGCGCCAGCUCGAGUGCUGUGGAUUCAUUUGGGCCUCCCGUUGGCUUGAAGAGCCCGGGCCCUGUUGCGCGCUCGGCACCGGCCCAUCCUGACGCUACCCGACCGACGACCGAUGUUGCAGAUGCAAACGAAUUCACCCCAGCCAUCGAGGCACAGGCUAACCACUACUUUCAACAAGUUUACAUGGAGAAAACAAGUGUUCACGAGAUUAUUCAACUUCUGGGUCGAUUCAAGGCCUCCCCUGACCCGGAGAAGCAACAGGUUUUUCACUGCAUGAUUCGCAACCUCUUUGACGAGUACAAGUUUCUGCCCGAGUACCCGGACAAGCAGUUGCAAAUCACGGGCGAGCUGUUCGGCCUACUGGUGCAGCACGAUUUGGUGUAUGACCAUUCCUUGGGUAACGCUUUGCGCUGCAUUUACGAGGCCGUCAAGCACGACCCGGACUCGCGCUUGUUUGCCUUUGGCACACAUGCCCUCGCCAAUUUCCACCAGCGGUUGCCCGAGUGGCGGGAUUACUGCCAAGCGCUGGCACAUACUCCCCACUUCACGCGCUUGCCCGCCGAGGUGCGGUUUGCCUGUCUCAACGGCCGCGGCGGGGCCAGCGCGGGGCCAGCCGGGGGCAAGGCAGGAUUGAUGGCCGAAAGCCAGCCUGAUCCACCUGAGAACAUUCGCGAGCGCGUCAUCUUCGUCAUCAACAAUCUCGCACCCGAGCCCUCGCGCAUGAAGGAGUCAGCUGCUACACUGCACGGCCUGUUGGACCGUCAGUACCACAUGUGGUUUGCCGGCUAUUUGGUCGAACAGCGAGCCAUGCUGGAACCCAACAACUUGGAAAUGUACGUGAAGCUCAUCGACCUCAUUGGUCAGGAUGACCUGCGUCGUGCUACCUUGGCCCGCACCUACCUGGCCGUGCAUAACGCCCAGCGACGUCAAAGCAGUAGCUCCAACAUUUCCGACAGUCAGGAACGCACCAGACUCAAAAAUCUGGCUACUUUUUUGGGUUUGCAGACCCUGGCGCGGAACAAGCCAAUCCUGCAGCGAGAUCUGGAUCUCAAAGCAAUCAUUCUUUCCUCCUACGAGCAGGGCUCGCGCUCCUUGCAGCUUCUUCUACCCUUUGUUGCCAAGGUGCUGGACACGGCUCAGUACUCGCGAGUCUUUAGACCACCCAACCCUUGGUUGAUGAGCUUACUGCGUAUCCUCAAGGAGCUGCAUUCCACCGAGCAGCUCAAGAUCAGCCUCAAGUUUGAAGUGGAAGUCCUGUGUCGAAACCUCAACAUUGCUUUGCACGACAUUGAAGCCAGCCAUUUGCUUCCGGCGAAGAACCUGUCGCCGGCAUUCGAUGCAAUCGGCACACCAAGCUUCCAUGGCGCGUCGCCGGCCAUCGAAGGCACUGCAAUCGGUGGUGGCGCUCUUGCUGGUGGCAAUGCUGCAGGCAGUGCCCAAACAUCAAGCAGUGGGCAUCUGACCGUACCAGCUUCCAUGUUUGCAGAUCUGGUGCCAGGUCAACCUCGAUCCAUCAUGAACUACAUACGACCGGGUCCCCUGAGCUCACUGGGAUUGGCACCCGAAAGCUUGCAAGAUGCUAUUUACAAGGCCAUUGAACGAGCCAUCAAUGAGAUGCUACCCCCAGUUUUUGAGCGAUCCAUUCGCGUGGCUAGCAUCUCCUGCUUCAAUCUGAUCACCAAGGACUUCAACCGCGAACCAGAUGAGACGAAGAUGCGCCAAGCAGGUUUGCUGAUGAUUCAAAAUCUGGCCGGAAGCAUUGCCGUCGUAAGUGCCAAGGACACGCUACGAACUACUGCCGAGUCCAUUUUGACGACGAGCAUCAAGAACUUGCUCUCCGGUCAAAGUCAGGAUCUUGAGCACAUUGUGCGAGAUGUGAUCAACAUCAACCUGCCCGUGGCCUGCAGCUUCAUCGAGGCUACCGUUCGCCAGCGCUCGGUGGCCGUGUUUGAAAAGCAGAUGGCACCGCAAUACCUUCUUCGUCAAACACACCGGCGUGAGGGAACCACCGAGCCGUUUGAAGCAGCCCAUCUCCCCUAUGUCGAUAGCAUGCCAGAGAAUUUGCGCCCGCAAUUUGGGGGUCUUUCGUCUCGUCAAAUGGGCGUAUAUCUGCGUUUUGCCCGCAAUCAACAAGAUUUGCUUGCUGUGGGUCGUUUAACUGAACGCCCUCCCGUCGUCGCUGCCAACCAAAACUCGGCCCCGGCCAUCAUUGACGGAUUAAUCCGGGACAUGGUGCUCCUGACGAGUGGCCAGGCGGAACCUGAUGCUCAGCACAUUGGCGAACACGUCAACAACAUUCUCCAGCACUUAUCCACCAAUCCCGCUGAAGCCCCCCGCCUCGUGCGCUUUGCCACUACUGCGUUGAUUGAUCAUCAAAAGGCGCGCAGUUCCGCGUUGCAAGAUGCCAUGCUGAAUGUUCUUGUGCGACUGAAAGACGCCCUCCCCGGUUGUGUGCGAGACAUCUGCCUCGUGGCUGUGACGCAAUGUGACGGAACUCUUGAUACGGCGGAAAAGCUAUUGCGCCUUGUCAAAUUCCGGCUCGUGCGCAUUGAGGACCUUGAUACGGCUUUGGUUCAGGCCCUCGAUUCAGGCCGCUCCCCGCACGGGCUCGCCAUCCUGAAGAGCGUUCUGACCGUGGCCCUCAAUGGUGCUGCUGGCUCGAGCUUCCUGCUCGGCUUGUUGCGCUCCAUCACUUUGUUUGAGCGCAUCGUUACCCAUCAAAAGUCAGAGCAGCGUCACGCCCGCUUGCUCGAGUCUGUCAAGGCCGAGUUGGCCAAAGAAGUAGAGCGCGGCUCUGAAGCAUCGAACAACGCGAGCAAUGCUCACGCUGCGGGCAGUGGACCUGGCAGCACGACCGCUGCGCUUCCCGCCUCAGUGCCCGGUUUUGGGCAGGCGCCGGCCCCGACUUCCAGCGCGCCCAGCGGUGGUGUCACAGGCAACUUGCGCUCUGGUGGUGAUGCUCCGACGGCUGGCCCGGCCCUAUCUCGUGCCUCCAACAAUGACCGUCUACGCCGGGCUAUGGCCAUGUUUUCUUCCCUGGACCUCCUGUCCUUGGAUCAAGAUCCACCUCAACUUCUGGAGCUUGUUGCGUCCUUUUUCGUCGAUGAGUGGAUGUCCCUGUACAGCAGUGGCUCAUACGAGCCGGCCGUCCCGGCCUUUAUCCGCAAGCUCACGGAGAACGUCCUCAACAGCAGUGACAUGACUGCUUGCUUUUUCCGAGUGGCGACUGAAGUGUCGGUCAAACUGGCAUUUUUGAUGGCCGAUGGCCACUUUGAUUUUGCCUUGCAGGCGCCCAACUACAAACCCAUUGAUGCCUUUUGUGCCCUCGUCAUCGCGGUCGUUCGCCACUUUGGUGAUUCAACAAAGGUGGCACUUCUUCGCAAGGUCUUGUCCGUGUGCAUCAUUGUUCUGGGCCAUGUCCAUGAUCGUCUCGGCGUGAAUUUCAAUCAAAAGCCGUUUCAUCGGCUUCUCAGCCGGCUUCUAGCUGAAGUGCAUACGGACGACGAGCAUCUUGCGAUUCAAGUCUUGAGCUCAUUUGCCAAUGCCUUUCAUGUGGUUCGCCCGGCUCAAUGCCCGGCAUUUGCCUUAUCUUGGCUAGACUUGAUCAGCUCGCGGCACUUCCUGCCUUUGAUGCUUUCAGCCUCGGGCCAGAGUGGCCAAGACUUGCAGCAUCAAUACCAUGUGCUCGUCAUGGACCUCCUCAUGUUCCUGCAGCCCCUCUUGCGAUCGGCACAACUUUCCGACAGCGUUCGCGUCUUGUAUAAGGCUACUGUCACCCUGGUUUUGGUUAUCCUUCACGACUUUCCAGACUUUCUGUGCCAAUACUACCUCAGCUAUUGCGAUGUGAUUGCGCCUUGCUGUCUGCAACUACGCAACCUUAUCCUUUCUGCGCACCCCGCAGCCAUGCGCCUGCCAGACCCCUUCUCCUCACCGCUAAGCGUUGACAGCGUGCCCGAGUACGCUCGGACGCCAGUCAUCUCCUCCAACUACACGGCCGCACUUGAGGACUCGUCGAGGCCUGCUAUUCGCACUUUUUUUGAUUAUGGACUGGAAAACCAGCAUGAACCCACCAUCCACAUGAUUGCUUUGUCGCUCAAGUCCAUGCCUCACGAUGUGCACUUUACCGCGCUCACCUCGAUCAGUGGCACGGACUACAACACGCCGCUUCUCAACGCCCUGGUGACAGAGAUAAUGGUGCGGGCGUGCGCUGAGGAGUCGCUCUCCGAUGCUGCCGUGGGGGUGCUGGGCCGUUUGCUUCAGAUGCUGGACGGUCAGGGGCGCUAUCUGCUGGCCAUGGCCAUGGCUAACCAUCUGCGCUUCCCAAAUCAGCACACGCUGUGGAUGAGCAAGGCUUAUCUCAAAGUUUACGCCGCUGCUUCAGCCGAAUGUCAAGAGCAGUUGACCCGUGUGCUUUUUGAGCGUCUGGUUGUUGCUCGCCCUCACCCUUGGGGCCUCUUGGUGACUUUUACGGAACUCAUCCAAAAUCGCUCAUAUGACUUUUGGAAUGCCAGCUUCAUUCACAUUGCUCCUGAGAUUGAAAAGCUCUUCCACACCGUAGCCCGGAGUUGCCUCCAUGCUGUGCGCCCGGCCACGCAAUCAUAGUCGGCACUGAUGAGAGCAUGAGGCACUUUGCCUCGUCGCUCGUUUCACACGGCGGUUGACGCUUCUUGUGCACGUGUAUCCUUCAACGACCUGACCCUUGUGCUUGUUUGUUUUCGUUUGAUUCAUAUCCUGUACUCUCUCGCAUGUGUCCAUUUCGAGUCAUCCAAUUUCUGUUUUGUGAGUUUUGUCCCUCUCUCUUUCUUUCUUUUGCUGGUGCGUUGGGCUUCGAAAGUCCAGAAGCGUGGGCUAUGAGCUUGCUGUGCUUUUUUGUCUUAUCGAUGGGCUUUGCUUGCUCUUGUUGCUCGGGAUUAAUGUGUUCGUCCUUUUGAGCAGUGUGCUCGUGUGAUCUUGACAACUGAGCACUGUUCGCCUCGUGUUCUCCGCUUGGAGCGUCGAUCGAUCGAUGUGAGCUAUCAUCCAUUCCAUACAACCGAUGGGUAGACGGUUGCAUGGUUUGGCGGCAUCAGUAAUUCAAGUCUUCAGCCUC